AUGAUACGCUCAGGACUGAAAGGCACAGAAGUGAGAGGAGAUGGUAAUGACGUAAAGGAGUUGAAACAAUGGCUCCUGAAGUCCAAUUCUUUGCACAACUACUCGAAAUUUUCUGAGAAUGGUAUCACGAUGGACUUGAUUCCGGAGCUUGAUACAAAUUCAUUAAAGGAAAUUGGAAUAAAUAAAGUAGGGGAUAGAAUAAGACUUGAAUUGGCUAUAUCAGAUUUGAAAGCUGAGCGUUUAUCUAAUAAAAUCACUGUUGAAAGUCUAUAUACGUUGUUGAACUUACAAUUAUCGAAUUCAAAUAGGAAUGAUAACUUCAAGGAUUUAUAUACAGCAAAUGACUCGAGCACAUUGAUAGCAUUAAAUGGUAAUACAAGAGGUUCAUCAAGCAAAGAUUCUGACAAAAACAUUACUUUUAUUUUGCAAGAUGGAUCAAUAAAAAAAGUAAAUGUGACUGGUUGUUUUAAUGCUCAGUCAAUCAAGAGAAAAGUGUUAAAAAGAUUGGGAAUAAAACAACAAGAGGCUACUUAUGAUACUUAUAUUCAUUCAAUACAGAAUUCGGAACCAGGUGGCAUCAAUCUCCUAUUCGAUGUUGAAUUAGUCACAAUAUGCUAUUCUCCAGACAGAUUAGAGAAACAUAGAAUCAUGUUGUGUCCCAAAGAUGAGAAACCAUCAGAUGCUGCAAUUGAGACUUCCAAGAAGAUUAUCAACAAAUUUGGUAAGUUUCUGUCCGGUAGUCAGAGAUCUCCGCCGAGUAAUUUGAGUCAAUAUCAUAUACCAGAUAGGCAUGAUUCCAAUAUGCGAAAUUUCUUUGGUCAAAGGCCCCCAAGUGAGUUGAUUUCAUCAAAUUUGGCGGAGUACUUUCCAGACACUCAUCAGAAGGAGUUGGAGGCUACAAUUAGAAAUUCGGUGAGAUACAGUGUUAGGCUAUCUCGUCAACUGUACCUCCCCAAUUCAAAUACAUCUUUAACCAGCUCAAGUAGUUUGGCUGUCAAUCAAAAAUCAGCGCCAAAGCCAAUAUAUCGUUCCUCUUCCCCUAACAGGGCUUCAUCGAUCACAUCUGGUACGUCUACCGGAAAGAAAAUGCAAGCUGCCAGAACAAUUGGUGAAGUGAUGGUCAACAAUGUGAACGCUUUAGAUGAAGCAGUUAGCUUGAGUGAUUCGCAGUCAUUAUUGUACAAAUCUCCAUCGAUUUAUUCUGGAACUGGCGGCCAAGCGGGAGACGUUAGGUCUGUGUUGUCUGGUCAAUCCCGGCAGAGUGGUGUUCAUCUGAAAGUUUCUAUAGCAACAGAAAAUGGAAUUAAAAGGCAUUCUCGCAUUGAGUUAAUAAGUGUCGACUCUGAUUCUGAUGAUGCUGAUGAUUUCAUCUCUGAAUAUGGAACAUUUACGGGAGGUGAAUUAGGCUCCAAUUCUGGCGGAACCUUCGAUAUUGCGUCUGAAGACGGACCAAAAUACUGGUUACAAGGUGCACGCAUUGGGUCUGGGAGCUUUGGUACAGUCUACUUGGGAAUGAAUCCUAUGACAGGAGAACUUAUGGCGGUGAAGCAAGUUAGAUUUCCAGAUGUAAGUAAGAGUGAACAUUCAAAAGUAGCUGUUUUCGAGGCAUUAAGAAGAGAGAUGUUCAUAUUAAAGGAAUUGAAUCACGAAAACAUUGUUCGCUAUUUGGGUUCUUCAUCUGACUGUGAUAAUCAAAUAUUUAAUAUAUUUAUUGAAUAUGUUCCUGGAGGCUCUGUCCUGUCGAUGCUAUCGUCAUAUGGACCUUUUGAAGAACCAUUAAUAAGGAAUUUUAUCAGACAAGUGUUGAUUGGUUUGAGCUAUUUACAUGGAGAGGAUAUUAUACAUAGAGAUAUAAAAGGGGCAAAUAUAUUGAUUGACAUCAAAGGGACGGUAAAGAUUAGUGAUUUUGGCAUAUCAAAGAAAUUAAACAAUGACGCUGAUAAUGAGACAAGAGGCAGAAGAGCAUCCUUACAGGGUUCAGUUUAUUGGAUGGCCCCGGAAGUCGUCAAGCAAACAGCAUAUACAAAGAAAGCUGACAUAUGGUCAGUUGGGUGUCUCGUAGUUGAAAUGUUCACAGGAAAGCAUCCAUUUCCGGAUUUUAGUCAAAUGCAAGCCAUUUUUAAAAUAGGUACCCAUAUUAUACCACAAAUACCCGAAUGGUGUACUCUAGAGGCUAAAGAUUUCUUAUUGAAAACAUUUGAAAUUGAUUAUAAUUUGCGACCUCAUGCUGUUGACUUGUUGGCAGAUUCAUUUUUGAAUACCUUAAUAAUGUCAAAAACUGUAUAG